AGGCGUCACGCGCCCGGAGGCGACACGCCGGAGCCGGCGCACCCGCUUGGCUGUCUCUUCGCGGCGGCGCGCACGCCAGGCCGACGCCGGGGCCCGGGAGCCACCGGGAUCUCAGGGAGCCGCGGAUGCUGCGCGCGGGGCCACGCGGAGCGCACUGGCGCCCGGCGCUCGCGCUGGCGCUGCUCUGGCUGGCGGCGACUCUGGGCGCGUCCCCGACGUCUGGGCAACGCUGGCCGGUGCCCUACAAGCGCUUCUCUUUCCGUCCGAAGACAGAUCCCUACUGUCAAGCUAAGUAUACUUUCUGUCCUACUGGCUCGCCCAUUCCAGUUAUGAAGGACGAUGAUGUCAUCGAAGUCUUAAGACUACAAGCCCCGAUUUGGGAAUUUAAAUAUGGAGACCUCCUGGGACAAUUUAAACUUAUGCAUGAUGCCUUGGGAUUCAGGAGCAUGCUGACUGGCAAGAACUACACGAUUGAAUGGUAUGAGCUUUUCCAGCUUGGCAACUGUACAUUUCCCCACCUCCGGCCUGAAAUCAACGCUCCCUUCUGGUGUAACCAAGGGGCAGCCUGCUUUUCUGAAGGAAUUAAUGAUAAACACUGGAAGGAAAACGGGACGUUGUCGCUAGUUGCAACCAUAUCUGGAAACACAUUUAACAAAGUGGCCGAGUGGGUGAAGCAGGACAAUGAAACUGGGAUUUAUUAUGAGACAUGGACAGUCCGGGCCGGCCCAGGAAAAGGGGCGCAGACGUGGUUUGAAUCCUACGACUGUUCCAAUUUUGUUUUAAGGACAUAUGAGAAAUUGGCUGAAUUUGGAACAGAAUUCAAGGAGAUAGAAACAAACUAUACGAAAGUAUUUCUUUACAGCGGAGAACCUAUUUACUUGGGCAAUGAAACAUCUAUUUUUGGGCCAAAAGGAAACAAGACUCUUGCUUUGGCGAUAAAGAAAUUUUAUGGCCCCUUCAAACCGUAUUCGUCAGUCAAAGAUUUUCUGUUGAGUUUCUUGAAAAUUUUGGAUACAAUGAUUAUACACAGAGAGUUCUACCUGUUUUAUAACUUUGAGUAUUGGUUUCUACCUAUGAAACCUCCCUUUGUCAAAAUAACCUACGAAGAAGCCCCCUUACCUAGCAGACAUAGGACACUUACUGGCUUGUGACAACUUCCACCCUGCUGCUCUCAAAGAGCCGCCAGCAUCCAUGUUCUUCCAGGACUGUGUGUUCACUGAUGCCUUUACUCAGCUUCCCUCACUGGGGCUCAGUUGGAAAUGCAGUAUGUGGACAUUUCAAGACUCUGGCAAGGAAGCAGAAACCGUGAUUGUAUUGGCCACGGUGCACGGGUUGUAAUCUUUAUUUUAUCGAGAAUUACUCGCUCUCAGCUAUGGAGAUCCUUUGACCCCAUGGUUAACAUUUUUCUCAGGCUACCUUUCUGUUACAGUAGUGCUGUUUCUUAGUUUACAGGUUUUUGGUCAUCUGAAGAAUAGCUGUUUUUAUACUCAUUAGAGCCUUGGGGUCCGGCUCCAACGACUUUCUAUUCACAUAACCUUAAAGCCUUGUUUGGACUCCAUUACUGGAACAGUGCCUCUAGACAUAGCAAGUACAGUAGAAUUUCUGGCCAACUAGCUGGCUAUUGUGACAGAAGCAACUUAACAUCUCUAGAUUUGUGUCCUUGCCUCUAAAAUGAUUCAUCUGUUAGGAAUAUGAAGAUUGGGGGCAUCUACAUAGGCAUAGGAAGGCACACAGAGUGCUUAUAUGGUAUCCAUCGGGACUAAAAGAACACAAACUGUCAUCCUUGAAUUUGCCUGAUAUAUAUUACAGGUCAUCCAACCUGGGUCUUCUAAUCACUGAGACUCUGAGCUGGCAGGCAGUACACAUUGCUUCAGCAGUUCUUCAGUACAGGCCAUGGGAAGUACUGGUUCCAGCCAUGGCUAGGUGUGCACUUCUGACUUCCUGUGUAUGUCCUCUGUUUUUUUUUUCCCACCAUCAUCAGAGAGAGUACACUUUUCUGGAAAGGACAGAACUUUGUCAAGGACCAUUGUCAGUUCACUGUUGCUAUUAGGGGCAUUAGACAGGCUCUCAAGGACCUGUGUUUCGAUCAGUUGAACUCACUUUGUUUUCCCUAUUUAACACUAACACAAUAAUGGAAAAGUAUUUUAACAUAGAAACUUGCCAGUUACUAAUUUCCACCCAGCACCUGGCUGCUUCUUGAGAGGUUAGCGCACUACUGCUGAGCUGUCUUAGGAGCUGGCCCAAAUGUGUAGGUCAGGGCUGAGCAAGGUGAGUGACCUGAACGGUGUUCUCACUCAGGAGCAUUGGAGGCUUUUCAGCACUCUCCAGAUGCGGCCUUCAGACCAGUCUGUGCUUUCUGUUUACUCUAAUAAAAAAGACAACAAAUGAAACACUCAAGAAAAAAAUCAGAGUUUGCAUUUUGUAUCUCCGAUCUUAUUUGUCUAGGAAUUUACUUUUUUUUUGUUUAAAAGUAUACACCCCACAAAGCAAAAGUCAUCCUAGAUGACUGGAUGAUCCCACACUGCUCUGUUCUGCCUGUCCUGAAGGGGUACACUUGUCCUCAACCACAGAGGGAAGGAGCCAUCUUCCACUACCUCUGGUUUAUCUGUAACAGUGCCCACACCAAGUUCAAGUUACAAAUGUGUAAUAUUUCAUCUAAGACCUUGAAUAUUAGGGCUUCAGAAUAAAUGUAUCAUCACCCAUUAAUCUGGCUCAUUAACAGGUAAUUUACUUUUGCAGAUAGAAGCAGACAGCUAAAAGGUGAAAUAACUACCAAAUAUUCAGAGUCUCUAUUCAAUAGUGGUUGU